AUGGAGACAAAGAUUCCAGCAAAAGCAGUAACAACAACAAACGUAUUGGUGAUAGAGAAUGCAGCAGAUGGUGCCUCAGCUUCUCCUGGUGUUGAUACUGGACCAUUUGUUCCGGGUGCUGGUGGAGAAGAAGUGUUUGGGGUUGGUGAUGAAGGAGAGGGUGAUGGAGAAGAAGUGGUUGCCGGAGAGGGUGCUGGAGAAGUGUUUGUGGAGGGUGAUGGAGCAGGUGCUGAAUUGGGUGAUAAUGAUCGGGUAGGUGCGGGUGCAGGAGCCUGUUGUGCUAUGCAUGAGGUAGCCAAAAGCCCCAAUAUCACAAACACUUUGAUUGCAACAGAACCCAUGUUAUGUAUGUUUUUGAUAAAGAAGAGUGUUUAA